AUGGUCAACUCCUGCUGUGGCUCUGUGUGCUCUGACCAGGGUUGUGGACUGGAGACCUGCUGCCGUCCCAGCUGCUGCCAGACCACCUGCUGCAGGACCACCUGCUGCCGCCCCAGCUGCUGUGUGUCCAGCUGCUGCAGGCCCCAGUGCUGCCAGUCUGUGUGCUGCCAGCCCACCUGCUGCCGCCCCAGCUGCUGCAUCUCCAGCUGCUGCCGCCCCUCUUGCUGUGAAUCUAGCUGCUGCCGCCCCUGCUGCUGCCUGCGUCCAGUCUGUGGCCGAGUCUCCUGCCACACUACUUGCUAUCGCCCAACCUGUGUCAUCUCCACCUGCCCUCGGCCCUUGUGUUGUGCCUCCUCUUGCUGCUAA